AUGGGGCAUGCUGUACACCAGUUCAAGGCUCUGUUUUGGAAGAAUUGGCUCUGUCGUGUGAGGCAACCGGUCCUGUCUCUCACUGAAAUACUCUGGCCAUGUGUGCUGUUCUUGAUUCUGGCUGCCAUCCGCUUCCAGGAACCCCCAAAAUACAAAGAAAACUGUUACUUAGAAGCUCGGGAUUUGCCAAGCCAGGGCCUUUAUCCUUUCAUGCGGACCCUUUUCUGUAAUGUUGGUUCAAGAUGCAAGAAUUCUAGUUACACAACACAAAAAACCAGCCGCUUACGUACUUCAGAAAUCCGAAGUGGUCCAGAGAGCUUCACAGGACCUAAUCUAGACUUCAUGAAAGAGAUAGAAGAGCUUGCAAAGGAAUUCAUUGAGACCACAGAGAAAACCCUGGCUUUAGAAAAGCUAUGGGAGGAAAACUCAAAGUUCUCAGUGAUAAUGGCGCAAAUGGAUUUGAAUGAAGUGGAGGAAAUUAUUUCUAGAGCAGAAAACCUGUACAAGCAACCGUAUUUCUGGAACCUUCUGCAUUCCCUCCCUCACCUUGAACCAAACAGCUUUUACACAGAAGAUGGAUUAGCUGCUCUAGCAGAGUUUCUGAAAGUUAUUCAAAAUUUCAGUACCUUAGCAUCAUUGAAGGAUACAGCUGUUAUGCCACUGAGCAAAAGUUUCUAUGAAGUGGUGAAAACAGCACUGAAUUUAACUGCUGCAUCAGUACAGGAUAGAAGCUUAGAAGAUUUUCAGUAUAGUCUUUCUCUUGGAGAUGUUUUGUGGAAUCCACAUGCUGUGAGAGCAGAACUUGAAUCCAGGUUUGGUUUUGAUGCUCUUCGUGUUGAGAAGCUGCUAAGUUACACAGCACAAUUAACAAAGAUUCCCACAGGAGAGACACUGGAGCAGUUUGUGUGCUCUGCUCUGUUCAGUGUGCCAGAAGGUGAAGCAAACAAAGAGAAUAAUGAAGAAGGCUGUAUUUCUGCAUUGCAUGAGGCCAAACUGUAUCUUGUUCAUGCUGUCAGCAAGCUCAGGCUCUAUGCACAGGUAUUUGAACAAUGGCUCAGCAGCAGCAGGCUCUCUCAGAAGCUCCUUUUGGACCUUGAAAGAAUCAUAGCUGAUUUAAUGUCUCAGUUUCUAGAUGACAGAGAAACCAGGAAACUUUUUUCAGACAUAAAUACCCUCAUUCAGCAAUGGAAUGAGAAAUCAGAUGCCUAUUUUUCAGAAGGAUAUAAUGCAUCUCAUGAUCUAAUGUUGACAUCUUUCAAAGAGUUUUUGAAGAGAGAAGAAAACUUACGGAUUUCUGGUGAAAAGGAAAUGGAUAAUCUUUUUCAAAUUGUAGAAGUCAUAGAAGAAAUUAUGAUGUUUGAUUUCUCAGCUUCUUCAAACAAGUCUCUAACUGAAAGGAUCUUAAAUAAUACAAUUAUAUGGAUGAAAAAAAUUGCUGAAGGGAAGCAAUCUGCCACCAAUUUCUCAUUUGCAGCUUCUGAACUCCAUCAUGAGCUAAGAGAAAAUUUCCAGCCUCUUCAGAGAUUCUGGAUGAAGAAGAAGACAGAAGUUUUCUGGCAUAUAGUGAAAAUUAUAUUCUAUGAACUUGAUUCUAGCCUUUCUCAUUUGAGUCAAGUGGAAGAGGAGGAGGUAUUAGAGACUUUAUCUAAAAUUAUAUUUUCCAUUACAGAAAAUAAAAUCCUUAAUAGAAGUGUGCUGUUGCUCCAAAAUAUCCUGACUGUUUGGCCAGAGUUCAAUACUGCUGCUUUGGACCGUCUAAAACACUUAAGUGAAAACUUUCUGAGGAGUCUCUAUGAGGUCAGAUCAUUGACUGAUGAUCCUGUCAAUGUGCCUUUCAGGACCACUAAUGGAGAGAGUAAUGCCUCCUCUUUCUUACUUGCAAAUGCAACUUUUAUACACAAAGUACAAGAAUUAGGAGAAAUUGUCCAUGAUUUCUUUAAAAACAUCCAACAAUUAAACAAUACUAGUGUGCCCUCACUUGUUUCAAUACUUUUCUCUCUGUAUCAGAAUGAUGAUCUGGUUUUAAAUAUUGAGAGCAAUAGCACUCUGUUAACAUUUCUUUAUGAGACUUCAAAAGAUAUUUCAUCUUCCCAAGUAUGGCAUGAUUUCCAAGACAGGAACCAAGUUUUUGAUUUUCUGUCUGAAACUUUUGAUCUUCUCUGGAACUUCACCAGUGAGUCUCUCUGCGAAAAGUUACUCAUCAUUUACAACUACACAGAGUUUCAGGCCCAGUCUCUUGCUCAGAAAGGCAAAACAGAAAUGCAAGUUAUCUAUAGCACUCUGAGCAGCCUUAAAACUUUGUUUAUAGAUGAAGAGCUCCAAACAGAAGCCUUCUGUUAUUUGGAACAGUUUCUUGAUAUCUCCUCAGAGUGCCUGGUAAAUAAUGUGUGUGUUGAUUUUUAUCUAUCAAACAUUACUUCUGUAGAUAAUUCAGCAGAAGUUUACAAUUUACUUCUGCUUCCAUUGGACAGUGUUCUGUCUAAUGUUACAAUCUUGGGGGAUAAAGUAAGCGUGCCUUCUGCUUUGCACUGCACUUUUACAUGGCUUCGAACCUGGACAGAGAUUUUUGAAGAAGUGUCCAAAAUCUUAAAUUUUAAUUCGACCUUUUUUGUCUGUCUAAGAAAUGAUUUGGACAAUCUCUCUGAAAGUCUUUUAAAUACAACUCAUUAUGAACUGUGCAAUAAUACAUCUAUGGUUAUUGUUGAAGCUACAACAGCAGCAAUGAAUCUAUUAAAAAUCAUAAUUGAAGGAGGUGGAGAUUUGAAUGACUGGAAAGAUUUUGAAUCUUUCCUUGCUAAUCUUCAGAGUGUAUUUAACAAUUCGGUUGAUGUCACAAGCUCACUUAACGGUAACAGUUUAGAAACUGGUUUAGAAAUUAUGGGAGUCAUGAUAACUGAAUUACAGAAAUCUAUGCUGGAGGUUGUUAAUGGAGAGUUUUUGAAUUCUUGGCUUGAUACUUUCAUCUCAGGAGGACCCAAGGGAGAAAGUAGGGAUGCUGGUGUAUUUUCCAUGGGAAAUUCCCUUUCUACUCUUCUCAAACUCUCCCAAAAGGAACUUGAAAUUAUUCUCACUGAGAUAAAAGAUGUAACUGCUUUCUUUAAAAGUGUACCUCAAGACAAAUAUAUGGUUUGUAUCAGCAUUUUCCAGAAUAUUACCAGAAUGGUUUUGGAUGAGACUCUGAAAGACUUGAGCCAUUCACAAACAAAUUUUUCAUCACACCUUAGUUCUUUUCUAAACUUUUAUAGUACAGUGGAUGAAGCAGAGGAUUGUAACAGAUGGAUACGUGGAUUAGGUAAAAUCAGUGAAAAAUACAAGUCACCUUCCCACCUUGAAAGUGCAAAACAUACUUUAUUUCUACUGAAAUCUCUGGGAAAUACUGAGAUAGAGGCUAAACUAAUGAAUGUGGUGGAGUUUGUUAAUUUGAUUUUUAAUUUGAUACUCCCUGAAUGUUCCCUUAGUGGUUCUGAUGUGAUUUGUGUAAAUGUUUAUUUCAAUAUUAUAACAGAAACUGUAAAAUCUAUUCUCUCUGAACUUUAUGUAAAAGAUGACAUGAAUGCACUUGAAUUUAUUUUUAUACUUUUAAAUAACACUGCAGGGCAAAUAGAAAUGGUUGGCAAUGAUUUAGUGAGUGACUCACACUAUACAUUGAAUAAGACCCAUUUUAGUCAGUCAAUCCAUGGAUUUAACAAGACUGCAAGGAUGUUACUUAAUCCUCUUCAUCAUCUUCAGCUUUCAUCAAUAGAACUUUUGGCAGAAAUUCAAAGUCUUCUGAAAAAUAAAACUUUUGAAGUCCAAGAAAACAGCUUCUCUCAUUUAGAUAUUGAGAUUGAACCUUUCUUGCAUGCUAACAAUACCAGUUUGCUGAUGGAGUUCUUUCAAUAUGUGAUUGGUAAACUUGACUCAGACUUGCAGGGUGAACACAAAACAUUUAUCCAGAAACUGAUAGAAACCACAGCUCUGAAUAUUGAAUUGGUAAGGAAGGCAUUAAACAUUUUCAAGUCUUCUAGUUUAGCUGGCUUUCCAUUAAGAGAUGAUAAAGAGUUUCUAAAACAUAUGGUAACUCUGGUGCACAAUAUGAAGAACAUGGAUGUUGAGUUCUUGAUAAGUCAAUUCAAACAAGUCCACAGGACCCUAGAUAAUUUCUUUAAAAAUAACAAACCUUUGUAUACUGAGAAUUCUGAGUUAGGAAUGUUAAUAGACUGGUGGGAUGCAUUUGAGAACAAUUCAUGUAAUUGGAACCUGACUGGCUUGCAACAAAUAACACAACUCUUUGAACAAGACGAGUUCUAUGAUGUAGAAGAGAUAUUCCAUCUCCUCCUUGAUGUCAUCAGCCUUACAGAAAGAAUAGCUCACAGAAAUAUCACAGAAGCACUAACUGAAGUAUACACUUUCAUAUUGUCUCAGGAAGAAAAAAUGCCAAUAUUUACUGAAGAGGAGUUUACUAAUCAAGGAGAAAGUCUUCUAAUGUUACUGAAGAUACUUGCAGAUAUAUCUGAUGAACCUGCAGAGGCCUCAGUUUGUUUUUCUGCAGCAUUCUGCUGGACUGUCACAACAGCAACACCUCAGAGUGGCUCCACUUUUGAACUUUGUGACUAUGUGCAUAGCAAUUCUACUCUUACUUACAAUGAAGUCAUCAAAGUCAUUAAGGAGCUGAAACUCAUAACUCUGGAUGACAGUUCGUCAUGCAUGACCGAAGACUUUCAGACAGAUGUCAUUCACAAUCUGACCUGCUUUUUUAAUCAGAUCAAAGAAUGGAACUCCAUUCUUUUGAAGUUUUCUGACCUCCAUCAUGUAAAUGGCUCAGUUCUCAAAGAGCUUCUGGAUUUUUGGAAUGAACUAUUCCUGUAUGCUGUGCCACUGCAGGUGAAUAAUACAUAUGUAACCAACAAUUGUUCCUUCUCACUGAAGAGACAAGUGGCUUUACAAAUUGUAGAAACACUGGGCAGUAUGCCAGUGGCAGAAAUGGAGAUGGCCAAAGCUGUUCUUGAACAGCUGAAUGAUCUAUAUAGUAUUUUAAAUUGGAACAGACAUUCAGAGUCAUCAUUUAGACAAACUGUUCUUGCUAAUGUUAAGAAUAUGACCAGGGAAGUUUCCAGAAUCCUGGAUACAGAAGCUGUCCUUUCUUUUCUUUCUGUAAUUCAGCCAUUAAUGACUCUCUCUUCUGUUGGAAACCAGACAUACUCAAUGCUUAUGAUUUUAUCAUCUUUAAAUGAAAACAGUAAUAUUUCUGAUAACUUUGAGAACUUCUGGUUUCCUAUAGAUACAAGUAUUGAAGAUUUAUUGGUGAAUUUUAGUGUUAGACACUUACUUGCGGUGAUAGAUCAAGAGUUUAAUUUACUAAAGUUUGCCACUGGACAGUCCUCUUCAGUGGCUCUUGAUGUUUUAAUACAGCAGUUUAAUACAUCAUCUGUAGAUACUAUGUUAAGAAAUUUUGAAGACAUACAAGAGAUUGUGAACAGCUUUCUAUGUGAGUGUAACAGUAAAAAUUUUUCUGAAAUAAUACAUGCUCUAGUUAUCCUUAUGGCUAAUCAAAAUUCAUCACAUGAUCUACUGCUGGUUGUCAAAGACAUUAUUGACUUUCUGGAACUAUUCCAAAAUAAGUCUAAGGAAGUUUAUACUGGUAUAUUGUUCAUUGAUGAUUAUGGUAGCAGACAAAAAUGGAAUAAUACUUAUACUGUUUUGUUAAACAGUCUCCUUCAUAUAAUUGCUGAUCUUGCUGUUAUAGACGAAGAUCUGCAUACAAACAAUACUGAGUUUCAGAUAGCUGAGUUCAUUGAUUCAUUUUUUGAUAAUGAACAAUAUGGAGGAGUUUCUACUCAGUCACAAAACAGAACUCUGGAGAUCAUGCAAGAGAUCUUGCAAAUGAUAUUUCAGUUGACUACAGAACAUGACAGGAACAAAAUAACUGUCUUACUAAAGGAUUUCCAUAAGGAUAUAAUGGCAGAAAUGAGAAUUGCUACAAGGCAGCAUAUAGCUGACGAAGAACCAGUUGUCACUGGCAACAUUCUCUGUGUUGUUACAAAGUGUAAAGAGGGAUUAACCAGUCACUUACUCCUCUCUGUUAUUGAAGUAAUCACUGUGGUUCAAGAUCAUUAUCAGGACAUUGAAAGAAUGUGGCCUGCUUUCAACAAGGGGGAUUGUGAGAGUAUGGCAUAUAUGCAGCAAGAACUUUCCAACACUUUGGAGAGCUUUCUAAGAGCCUUGGAGAACGCCAGCCAUCGCAGCUGUGAAUGUCGACUCACGGGGAACAUACAGAGACAACUGCAAAUGGUGGCUGAAAAUUUGGAGCUACAGUUGUCAGAAAAUCCAGUGGCAGCUUUUCUCAGCAAUUUUAAUCUCUUGAAUGGUGUGAAAGUCAAAGAGUGUGUGCAGAAUCUUACACAGCUGAGGCUGGACAUUGGGUCUUCUGUCAAUAUUUCUGAAGAAACUGUCAGUACCCUAUUGGAAGCCAGUAUCUCUCAUUCAAAGGUUUUUUACAGUGCCUUUGUGGUAGCUUUAACUGGAAGAUGUGAUGAAGUACUCAGCCUGCUACUAAAGCUGCCUGAAAACAAUAGAACUUCCCUGGUAGUGGAAGAAUUAUGUUCUUUACCAGCACUGGACUUAUAUACUACAUUUGUACUGAUUAUACAGAAUUUGAACUUACGCCAUAUAAUUUACAAGAUUAAGAUACCAUCUGAGAUAGGCAAUGUAUUAAACAUGCUACUGGAUGUGGUUUCUAGUAUCAACUCUCUUCUCAAUAAAACCCACCAUGUCAUGGAAGACCUUCCAGUGUUCCUCCAAGAAAUUCAACAUAUUGGUUUGCUUGACAUCUCUGCAUUACAGCAGUUCUUGCAAGGCGGGCAGUUCAGAAGUUCAGCUGUUGGAUCCCUGGAGUCUGUAAUCAAGGCAGUGUGUAAAGAAGAAUCUUCAUUUUUCAGCAAUGCAAACCUGUUCAUUGGUAUGCCCAGAAUCAUGGGACUUUUGGAGGAUAAUAUGGCAAAAUAUGGCAUUCCUGAAGACUCAACUCCUUUUUGCUUGAAGCUUUAUGAGGAGAUUUUGCAGUCUUCUAAUGGGGCUUUGCUAUGGACUUUCCUGAAACCUUUAUUACAUGGGAAGAUACUGUACAAUUCGAACAUCAGCAUGAUUGACCUGGUGAUGGAGAAGGCUAAUUUCACUUUUGCUUUUGUGGAAAAUUUGAAGACAUAUUCUGAGACAUGGCUUAGGAUGUCUGAGGUUUUUAAAACCAGCGGAAGUGUUCUCACGGUCUCACAACUGCAGGGAGCUCUGCAAAGCAGUUUCAUAAAGCACUUUAUAGAAAGCAAUUUGGAUAUUGACAUGGAAAAACUCUUUAAAAAAAUGCAAGUAUAUGAAACUACAAUGAACAAGAUCUUUAACAGCUCAGCAAGUAAACAGAUUGACCUGUUGUCACAGCUUGUAGUAAAUAUCUCUUCCUGUUUGUUGCUGGACCGUUUCCAGCCUUUCAACUCUGUUGAGAAACUGGAGGAGAAGGCUCAUGAACUCAUGCAGCAAAAUAAUUUUUUGGCUAGUAUCAUCUUUGAUACGCCAAAGAACAAGACACAAGAUUCUGGCAAUCUCCUUCCACAACACAUUUCAUAUACAAUUAGAACCAGUGUUCUCUAUAGCAUGAGAACAGAUUUGAUUAAAAAUCCAGCAUGGAAAUCUCAUCCCCAGAAGUUGCCAGCUGAUGGGUUUAAGUACAAUCACGUCUUUAUUCCUCUUCAAGACAUGAUUGAAAGAGCAAUUAUUUUAGCACAGACUGGGACAGAUAUCUCAGAGCCAGCCAUUCAGGUGCAAGCCAUGCCUUAUCCUUGUCAUACCAGUGAUCUAUUCUUGAACAAUAUAGGUUUUUUUUUCCCACUUAUGAUGAUGUUAACAUGGAUGGUUUCAGUUGCUGGCAUGGUUCGCAAACUGGUUUAUGAAAGAGAAAUUAAUUUUGAAGAGUAUAUGAAGACAAUGGGUGUACAUCCAGCCAUUCAUUUCUUUGCUUGGUUUCUGGAGAACAUAAUUGUAAUCACAAUAAGCAGCUGUGCUCUGGCCAUCAUUUUAAAAGCAAGUGGUAUCUUUGCUUAUAGCAAUGGAUUCAUCGUCUUCCUUUUUCUCCUGGAUUUUGGAGUUACAGUCAUUAUGUUAAGCUAUUUUUUGGGAGCGUUUUUUAGCAGUGCUGAUACAGCAGCUCUGUGUGCCAGCCUUGUGUAUAUGAUCAGUUUUUUACCCUACAUAGUUUUGUUGGUCUUGCAAAACCAGUUGAGUUUCACCAACCAGAUUGUAAUGUGUCUCCUGUCUACAACUGCCUUUGGGCAAGGAGUAUUUUUCAUUACGUUCUUUGAGGGCCAAGAAACAGGAAUUCAGUGGAAUAAUAUGCACCAGCCAAUGGCACAAGAAGGAUAUAUGACCUUUGGAUGGAUGUGCUGGGUAAUGUUCUUUGACUCCAUUUUAUAUUCUAUAGGUGGCUGGUAUUUUGGCAGUAUUAUUCCAGGAAAAUUUGGAUUAAAGAACCGAUGGUACUUUCCCUUUACUGUUUCCUACUGGAAGAACCUGUGUGGUGCAGAGAGAAGGAACAGACAUUAUCUGAAUUCUAAUAUGCUUUUCUUCAAUGAAAACUUCCAAGAAAAAGGUUUCACUUUGGAAAUCAGAGUUCCAUGUGUUGAAGGGGCAACAGUCGGUGUCAUGCUGCUGUCUCUCACCAAAGAGCAUGUGGAUGGCCAGAAGGCUGCUGUUAAAGAUCUCAGUCUCACUUUCCAUAGAGGUCAGAUAACAGCACUCUUGGGACCUAAUGGAGCUGGCAAGACGACAGUUAUAUCACUGUUAACUGGUCUGUAUCCACCGAGCUCUGGUACAAUAAUUAUUAAUGGAAAGGACAUACGUACUGAUCUGGCUGCCAUCAGAUCAGAGCUUGGUGUUUGCCCACAAUAUGAUGUCCUGUUCAAUGUACUAACGGUGCGAGAACAUCUACUGCUUUAUGGGUCAGUAAAGGCACCUGGCUGGACAAGGGAGCAGUUGAAUCAGCAAGUCAGUGGAGCUCUGGAAGAUGUGGAUUUGUCCCAACAUCAGUACAAACCUGUUGGAGCCCUUUCUGGGGGAAUGAAAAGAAGGCUUUCAAUUGCCAUCUCCUUUAUUGGAAACUCCAAGACAAUUGUUCUAGAUGAGCCCACCAGUGGGGUAGAUCCAUGUUCUCGCCGCAGCAUCUGGGAUGUUCUUCUGAAGUACAAAGCUGGUUGCACACUGAUCUUUACCACUCACCAUCUUGAUGAGGCAGAGGUGCUCAGCGAUCGCAUUGCCAUCCUGCAGCGUGGCCAGCUGAGGUGCUGUGGUUCUCCCUCUUAUCUGAGGGAAACAUAUGGACAGGGACACAGUCUAACACUCAUAAAAAAGCCCUCUGUGUUUGAAAUCCAGGAUCCUAAGCAUAUUAUUCAGGUCACAUCUUUGGUACAGACUCAUAUCCCAGAAGCAUUCUUGAAAGAGAACAGUGGAACUGAGCUGACCUAUGUGAUUCCAGAAAGCGCAGAUAAGACCUCUUUUAAAAGUCUUUUUCAGGCUUUAGAUCAAAGCCUUCAUCAUCUACAUGUGACUGGCUAUGGCAUUUCUGACACCACCUUGGAAGAGGUCUUUCUGAAGCUACUGCAGGACUCAGAGAAAAUGCCCUGUAUUCCACAGGCAGCAUGCCUGGACCACACAAAUGGUGCUGAAUCAUACUAUAUCUCACUUACGAGGGCCUCAAGUGUGCAUGGAGCCCAUCUUGUUCUUGCCCAGAUUGUUGCCCUGCUGACGAAAAGGUUUCACCACACUAGGCGAGACUGGAGAGGAAGUCUGUCAAAUGUGCUGCUGCCUGUCCUCUUUGUUGCACUGGCAAUGGCCUUGUUUAGUGUGAAGCCGCUGGCUGUUGAUUAUCCUUCUCUCAAGCUGACACCAAGACUUUAUGACAAUGCAGAAUCCUUCUUUAGCUCUGAAGAUUAUAACCUCAGAAACCUUUCUCAGAUUCUACUGAGAUAUUUCUCUGAUUGGGACCACACAUGCAUGCAUUCAGAACAAGGAAAAAAUAGUUCAUGUUGGCAGAUGGAAUCUACAUCACCUCAGCAUUCAUGUGGAUGUGUGGCUGACCAAGGGGUGUGUCCAGGUAUCAAUACCUCUGCUCCCUACAUGAAGAAUAAGAAAGGGCAUAUUUUGUAUAAUCUUUCAGGGUUCCUUGUAGAAGAAUAUUUAGUGAGGCCUUCCAACAAAGCAAGAUAUGGAGGCUGGUCUUUUGGAGGGAGGAAAGCAUCUGAACUUCAGGAUAAAAAAAUGAAUAAUGCCAAAUCCAAGCCUCUGGCUAAGGUGUGGUACAAUCAAAAAGCUUUCCAUUCACUGCCAUCCUACUUAAAUGAACUGAAUAACUUCAUUCUGUGGCUGAAUUUGCCUCCUAAUGUGGAUUGGAGACAGUAUGGGAUCACACUCUACAGCCAACCAUAUGGAGGAGCCUUGCUGGAUGAGGACAAAAUAAUGGAGAAUGUUCGUCAGUGUGGGGUAGCACUGUGUAUCAUGUUGGGUUUCUCCAUCCUUACGGCAUCCAUUGGAAGUGCCAUAGUGAAGGACAGAGUAUCUGGCAGAAAACGUUUGCAGCACAUCACAGGCCUGGGUUACAAAACUUACUGGCUUGCUAACUUCUGCUGUGAUAUGCUGUUUUACAUGAUUCCAGUCACCUUGUGUGUUGGUGUUAUUAGUGCCUUCCAGCUAUCAGCUUUCACUUUCCGAAAAAACUUGGCGGCCACUGGUCUCCUGCUGAUACUCUUUGGGUAUGCAACUUUACCAUGGAUGUAUCUUGUAUCCAGAUUCUUCUCAAGUUCAGAUGUAGCUUUUAUUUCUUACAUCUCCUUGAAUUUUGUGUUUGGCCUGUGUACCAUGCUGGUGACUCUCUUACCUCGUUUGUUAGCUAUAGUUUCCAAAGUGCAGACUUUUCAGAACAUCUACAAUAUCCUCAAAUGGGUCUUCAUUGUAUUCCCGCAAUUCUGCUUAGGCCAGGGUUUAAUAGAGCUUUCGUACAAUCAGAUCAAGUUUGACCUGACCAGCAACUUUGGAAUAGACUCAUAUGUGAGCCCCUUUGAGAUGAAUUUCCUGGGCUGGAUUUUUGUGGAGAUGGCCCUGCAGGGAACACUACUGCUUCUUUUACGGCUUUUUCUUCAUUGGGAUCUCCUCCAGAAACCGAGGGGUCAAUGUUCAAUUAACAGCAUGGUCAGUCCUUCAGAAGAUGUUGAUGUAGAAAUGGAGCGACAGAGACUCUUUGGUGGAAGAACUGGUAAUGAUAUCCUUCUUCUGUACAACCUCAGGAAAUGUUAUGGAGGUUUCAAUAAGAAGAGCACAGCUGUGGAAAGCAUAAGCUUGGGAAUACCAAGGGGAGAGUGUUUUGGACUCCUGGGAACAAAUGGAGCUGGGAAAAGCACAACAUUUAAGAUGCUGACUGGAGAUAUCAUCCCAUCUGGAGGACGUGCUGUUAUCAGGACUCCUACAGGGUCUGAAAUGGAUAUACUCUCUGCUAGCUCUGAAGGCAUUCUUAUAGGCUAUUGUCCACAGCAAGAUGCCCUGGAUGAACUUUUAACGGGUUGGGAGCAUCUUUAUUAUUACUGCACACUGCGUGGAAUUUCAAAACAGGAUGUCCAUAAGGUUGCAGUGGACCUUGUUACCCGGUUACAACUCAAUGCCUACGCUGACAAACUGGUGAGAACAUACAGUGCUGGCACAAAGAGGAAGCUGUCUACUGCUGUGGCUUUAGUUGGUAAACCCCAAAUACUUUUACUGGAUGAGCCCAGCUCUGGGAUGGAUCCCUGCUCUAAACGCUACCUUUGGAAAACCAUCCUUAAGGAAGUUCAGGAUGGCUGUGCAGCUGUGCUAACAUCCCACAGUAUGGAAGAAUGUGAAGCCCUCUGCACACGGCUUGCUAUUAUGGUCAAUGGAAGUUUCAAGUGUCUUGGUUCUCCCCAGCACAUUAAGAACAGGUUUGGAGAUGGCUAUUCUGUCAAAGUUUGGCUUAGUAAAGAAAUAAACUAUCGGAGAAUGAUUUUGGACUGUCUACAGCGGCAUUUCCCUGGAACACAGUUUAAGGGACAGCAUCUUAACCUGCUGGAGUACCACAUACCACAAAGUCAGGGAUGCUUAGCAGAGCUCUUCAGAGUCCUAGAGAAUCACAAAGCUCUUCUCCAAAUCAAACACUACUCCAUUAGUCAAACCACAUUAGAGCAGGUAUUCAUUAACUUUGCUACACAAGAGCAAGGAGUCUCUCAUCCUUCACAAGAAUCUCCUGUUGUUGAUCAUGACCGCCUGCCAGUCUAGGCUCAGAAUUUUAUGCAGCUUCAGCAGCACGUGUGUGUGUGUUUGUGUGUACAUACAUAUAUUUUACAUGCAACAGUUUUUCAGAUCGUAACAAUUUGUGUAUGAGAAGCAAAUAGAA